CCCUCACCUACGGAAGUACUCUGUUGACACCACUUUCUUGCAAAGCUUGUGUGUCUGGCUCCUGAGGAGAUGUUUUCACUCGCCAGAACAUCCGACAUUUUUGGAUGUAACACUUGAAACAGAGGGUUUCUGUAAACAUAUUUUUCAAAGUUCACACAUGUAAGGGAAGUGUACUUUACUGAUUGCGAUGAGGCGCUGAACGCAGUUUACGGAAGCAGCCCACAGCUAGUUCCCUGCAGUUGCUAACGUUAGCUACGUUUGUUGUGCAGUAGUUUGAACAGUCUGCUAAGUUAACUUCGUCGCGAGGUAGCUUUACGUUUCAUGUUAUCAUGAUGUCACGAGAUCCUCGGGGACCUCCUUUUGAUCCCCGAUUCCCAAUGCAUCCAAGGGGCCCUUUUCCACCAGACGGUCCAUGGAUGGAGCCACCUUUCCAUGGUGGACCCGACCCACGCUUCAUGCACGAUGGUCCCCCGGAGCCAUGGAUGGGUCCUAGAGGACGAAUGCCCCCUCAUCCGUAUGGGCCAGACCCAUGGAUGCACCAUCCAGAUAUGGAUCCGAUGGGUUAUGGACCUAUGGAUGACUACGGUCCACGUCCUGGUAUGCGGCACCCUUACGACAUGGACGGCCCACCAUUACCUGGUGGACAUUACCCCCCUCCGGAGUUUGACCAUGGUCCUCCAAUGCACCCUGACUAUCCUCCCAUGGAUGGAUAUGGACCUCCUCAUCCAGAUCCGUAUUUCAGGCACCCGCCGCUGCCCAUGGAUGACAUGGAGUAUGGCCCGCUAGAGCCUUACCCACCGAUGCCCGGUAGGCAUUUCCCCCCGCCGCCAGAGUUUGAGCACGGCCUUCCAGCACCACCGAUGCACCCUGAUUACCCUCCGAUAGACCCAGGCAUGCCGCCGCCUGUCUUGCCUCCACCCGGCAUACCUCCCCCCGGCAUACCACCGCCUGCCAUACCACCCCCCGGCAUACCGCCCCCCGGCAUGCCACCACCUCCGCUACAUGAAUAUGGUCCUCCCCCUCCGUUUGGGCCCCUAGACCCGCCCUUCGCACCUGUGGACCCUCACUACCUACAUCCUCCGCCGUCGACUCAAAACCUCUCCGUCACUGAGGUGAUGAAAGAGCGUGACAUGCUGAGGAAGCAGGUGGACCUCAACAGGAAGAAGGAGGUUGAGCUGGUGAAGGAAGUACAGGACUUACGCACGCAGCAAGCGGUCCUCCUGAAGAAGGAGAAGAAGAAAAAUAAGAAGAGGAAGCCGGAGGAGAAGGAAGUGCCAAAGAAUCCGCAUCUGACGGUGAUGACCAUCAGGGUGGAGAUGGUGGAGACCAAGCUGGUGAUCCUCCGGAAGGAGACCAGCGCCAUGGUGACCAGGAUGGCCGAGCUGGACGAGGUGGGUCUGACCAUGGGCCUCCCCCCCCUGCCACCGCCCCCAGUGUCCGGCUCCGUCGACCUGCAGGACCUGCCCUUGCAGAUGGCCAAGAAGAAGAAGACCACCUUCGCGAAGCCGAAGCCCCCCACUGCCUCCACCACUGCGUCCGCCUAUGUCAGCCUGGAGGACCUGCCCCUGCAGAUGGCCAAGAAGAAGAAGACCGCCACUGCCCUCACCCCCUCCACGCCUGCCUCUGCUGCCACUGCCACCACCGCCCCAACAACCACACCAGAAGCUACACCAGCCACCGUCACAACUGAUACAACCACCGCCCCAACAACCACACCAGAAGCUACACCAGCCACCGUCACAACUGAUACAACCACCGCCCCAACCACCACACCAGAAGCUACACCAGAAGCUACAACAGAAGCUACAACAGAAGCUACACCAGCCACCGUCACAACUGAUACAACCACCGCCCCAACAACCACACCAGAAGCUACACCAGCCACCGUCACAACUGAUACAACCACCGCCCCAACCACCACACCAGAAGCUACACCAGAAGCUACAACAGAAGCUACAACAGAAGCUACACCAGCCACCGUCACAUCUGAUACAACCACCGCCUCAACAACCACAACAGAAGCUACACCAGCCACCAUCACAUCUGACACAACCACCGCCCCAACAACCACACCAGAAGCUACACCAGCCACCGUCACAUCUGAUACAACCACCGCCCCAACAACCACACCAGAAGCUACACCAGCCACCAUCACAUCUGAUACAACCACCGCCCCAACAACCACACCAGAAGCUACACCAGAAGCUACACCAGAAGCUACACCAGAAGCUACACCAGCCGUCGUCACAUCUGACACAACCACCGCCCCAGCUACCACCCCAACCACCGUUGCGUCUGAUUCUACAACCACACUAGCCACUGACUCGGUAAAGGCCUCAGGUGAUACAGAGAUGGACACAAGUGCCGAGACAGCUCAGGUGGAGAGUGCCCAAGCAGAGACUGCCCAGGCCUCAGGUGAUACAGAGAUGGACACAAGUGCCGAGACAGCUCAGGUGGAGAGUGCCCAAGCAGAGACUGCCCAGGCCUCAGGUGAUGCAGAGAUGGACACAAAUGGCAAGAGCGUCCAGGCUGAGACUGCAGAGGCCUCAGGUGAUGCAGACAUGGCCACAAGCACCGAGAGCUCCCAGACCCAGACCACUCCGGUGCAGAGCGCCCAAGCAGAGACUGCCCAAGCAGAGACUGUCCAGGCCUCAGGUGAUGCAGAGAUGGACACAAGUUCCGAGAUGGCUCAGGUGGAGAGCGCCCAAGCCCAGACCUUGGGUGAUUCAGAGAAGGGCACAAGUUCCGAGGCUGCUCAGGUGGAGAGCACCCAAACAGAGUCUGCAGAGGCCUCAGGUGAUUCGGAGAAGGGCACAAGCGGUAAGAGUGCUCAGGUGGACAGCGCCCAAGCAGAGACUGCCCAGACUUUGGGUGAUUCAGAGAUUGCCACAGGUGCCGAGACCGCCCAGGCCUCAGGUGAUUCGGAGAUUGCCACAGGUGCUGUGACAGAAGCAGAGACCACCCAGGCAGAACCGACCAGCAGCCUGGUGAAAGAGCCUGACAGUCAGCCGGCAUCCUCUACUCCCACUGCCUCUUCCACCAAGGAUGGGGACCCAGCGAGCAGCGGUUCCUCCAGCCAGCCGGGUCCAGUGAAGCUGACCCCUGCAAAGACCCCUGCUCCCCAGAGCAAAACCUUCAAACUCAUGACCAAGUUCCUGCUUCCAAAGAGGCCCAAACCGGCUCCUCUGUGCCCUGCUAAAGCACCAGCUGGACGCUCAAUGGGGGCCAUCCUGUCCAUCGGGGAUAAUGACCUUGGUGUCAUUGAACGGGCCGACAAAAAGACGUUUCCUUUCAAGCUGAGUGCUUUUGUGGGCAUACCUACUAAUCUGGUCCCUGGAGUGAAGGUGCACUUUACUGUCUGCAAGACUGAGGAGGAUGACGAUUGUGCAACUGACGUGUGUGUCCCGUCUGGAGGCACAGAGGAGUUGCACGGUGAAGUGUUCGUCGGAGUUGUCACCAAGAGCAUAAAAAACGCACAGUUGAAAAACAAGGUGAAGCAGCUAAGGCUGGAGACAUCCAUCUACGGUACGGCAAUGGAGCUGCCCUUCACCGAGGGCGACUGUGCCGUCACACUGGUCACCAAUGACCUUGUGACCUUCCAGGUGGUCACCAGCAUCGUCACAAAAACCAUGAGGGCUACGAACAUCCGGCCACAGGUUCCAGACACGUUCCAGGUCACCAACGAGACACGAGUCAUGGGCGUGAUCACAAGAUUGGAGAACGGUGUUUGCGCCAUAGAAUCUGAGCGCUAUGGAAAUGUGUGUCUCUACACGGAAAACACCGAGAACCUCGGGGACGACAAAUGGGCUGUGUCCGACCGGGUGGAGUUUACCAGGAUGACGGUGCAAGGAGUAGACAUGGCCGUCAGAGUAAGGAAGCUUCCAGAGGGGAUGGAGUCGUUUAAUGACCUCGCCCAAACCGACGAGGAGGAGGAGGGGGGAAGCGAUGAAGAAACUUCAGAAGAAGAAGAGGAGGAAGAAGAAGAAAUCGAAGAAGUAGAAAUGGAAGACAAUGUUGUCGAGAGUGAACCGGAGCCAGAACCGGAGUGUGAGCCCGUCAUUGAGGACGUCAGUACGGAGAAGUACGACGGAGUGGUGCUCAGGGUUCCCACCAAGACGGAAAAGGCCACGGUUCUUGACCUUGGCAGCGUGAAGAUCUCUGUGAAUGACGAGGAGAAGAGACUGACCUUCGGUGCAAAUGAUGUGCUAACUAAGGCCACCAUGCUGGUGGGGGACAAGGUGCAGCUGAACAUAUCCACCAACCCAAAGACAAAGGCAGAGAGGGCUGUCAACGUGCACUUCCGCAAAGGCUUCCUGCGUAUUCUCACAGAGCAACGCAAAAACGGCGUUGUGAUUGAGCUGGAGGAGUCACAUGGAUACAUCAAAUACCCACAAGACCCAAAGUUGUUUUUUGACCUCAACGAGGUGAUGGAGGAGAAUCAGCUCUCCGUCUCUGACAAGGUGGAGUUCACCGUGAUGCCGAAAACAGAAGGAGUUGGGAACCAAGCCAUCCGGGUCAAGAGGCAUGUGGACCGAAAAUUACCGCCUAAAUUAGAGGCCUUGGUGGCAAAAAAUAGAAUUAAGAAGAAGAUGACCAUUAAAAUCUCAACUGAGCCAAGAGACCAAACUCCAAAUGAUGAACUUAAACCUGGUACUGUGGACUCAGACACUGUAAAGACGGACGUCUUGCCAAUGCGAGCAAAGCCAAACCCUAUGAGCACCAAGAUCACAAUGCUCAGAAAGGAGGUGAUUAAGAAGGAAGCAGAGGAGGCCAAGCGCUCCAGGAGUGAAGACCGCUCGAGUAAUAACGACAGUCCGAGGGAAGACCGUCGAAGUCGCAGUCGUAGUCGCAGUCCUACCCGUACCUCAGCCAGCAGUCCUGGCCGGGACGGUAAAAGCGAGAGCCAAGACAAGGCGAAUGGCGGCGAGGCAGACAAACGAAGCCUGAGCAAGGAAAAGAGGGAGGAUGGGAAUAGGGAGAAGAUGGAGAAGCCCAAUAGAAGUCGUAGCGGAAGCAGAGAGCGCUCCUACCGAUACAGGGGCACUUCCAGAGGCGGAAGCAGGGAAAGAAGCCGAGACGGAGAUAGGGACAGGGACAGAGAGAGAGAGAGAGACAGAGACAGAGAGAGAGACCGGCAGAGGGAGAGAGACAGAGACAGGGAAAGAGAUAGAGACCGAGAUCGCGAUAGGGAUAGGGAUCGGAGCAGCCACCGGAGGACUGGUCAUAGUCCAGUGCGAUUGGAUACAAGAUACUUGAGAGGCAGCAGCACUGGAGACCCUGCACACUGGAGAGGCAGCAGCAGUAGCCGGAGUCCCAGUAGAGACAGCUCAAGCUCUCGGUCAUAUUACAGGGACCAUCCAAGCUCUGAUCCAUAUGGGAAGCCUCCUUAUGGACCACCAAGUUCUGAUCCAUAUGGGAAGCCUCCUUAUGGACCACCAAGUUCCGAUCCAUAUGGGAAGCCUUACGGGCCACCAAGUUCUGAUCCAUACGGAAAGCCUCCAUAUAGACCACCAAGCUCUGAUCCAUAUGGGAAGCCUCCUUACGGGCCACCCAAACCGUAUGGUGUGGACGAGGAGUUGAUGAAAAAGCAAAGGGAGCUGGAGGAACUUAACGAGUUGAUAGCCCGAAAGAAAGCAUUGAUAGGCCUUGAAGAUGAGAAGCCUAAAGCACCUGCUGGCAUGCCUAAGGAGCGCCUUGGCUGGGGGUCAGAGCCUUUGGGCUCGGACGAGGAAGAGACUCUCGAGUGGUUACCUCAGAACAGCGCAAGACGUCAAGCUGCCAAACCAAUCAAAUCCAUUCUGAAGAAACCCAAAGAAUAUCCUCCUCCUGACGUUCCACCUCAGAUGUUGUUGCAGCCUAAAAGCAUGGAAGAUUCCUCCAAACCACCAGCUUCGCACUACUCUUACGACAGAACCCAUCCAACGUCUGCUCCCCCAGGUCAUCCUCAGGACAAUGCUACUAGGUAUCCAUUGAGUCACCUUCACUCAGGCCAAACGUACUCAUACCGGGAAGAAAGGUCUUACCGUGACCCAGACCCUUACAGUCACCAUUCUGCUUCUGGUCAUUCUCAAGUUCAUCACACGGCCUCACCUCCUCCCGCUCGCUACGGUCAACCCCUUCCUGACCAGCGCCGGCCAAGCCCAACUCAGAGCUCCCAAACACUUCCAGUUCAGAGCUCCCAAACACUUCCAGUUCAGCAGCUGGAGGCAGAUUCCAGAGGCUGCGCGGCCUCCCAGAUGCAGCGUUUCCUUAGUCUGCUCAACAAAGGAGUGGAUAUCAACCAACUUUCCACGCUGAUUAGAGAAUCCAUGGGGAAGAACGCUGCCAGUAGUAGUUCUACUACACCACCGGUCAGGGAAGGGUCGUAUAAAGAUGACCGGUACGAUCCCUUCAAGGUCGAUGAAGAGCAGGACCACAAGCAGAGCAAGGAUGACCUGCUGCCCCAUGAAAGAGCUAUGGAGGACGGCAGUGGAUUUUCCCGAAUUCUUGGCCUGAGUCUCGAGCCGCAAGACAAAGGCUCGCCAUUGAGGCAGAGUGUAGAGAAGGAGAAGGAUCCGUCCGGCAGCACGGCAGUAGAGGUGAGCGCCAACCAGUAUGGCCACCAACCUGAUCAGUCUGAAACAUCAGUGCCUUCUGCCCAGUACAAACAAACCCCAAAGUCUAGCCUGACUCAAGAUGAGUCGAUGCCACCAACUGCUGGCAAAGAGAAAGAGAAGGAACAGUACUUUGACAAAGUUCAGAAUCUUCUCAAAGCCAUCGGCCUGAACCUCAACUCUUCAGAGGUGACCCAGCUAACAGACCGGAUGAAGGAACGGCUUUACGGCGCUAAGACCCGAGAAGCCUCUUCCGAGUCCAAAGGGAGCAAGCACUCCUCAAGUCGCCACCAGAGUCGGACUCACUCAGCAGACUCCGACCCCCUCCGCUCAGCCUCGCCGGCCAAGAGAGCUCGUCGAGAGGAGCAGAGGAGCCAGUCGAGCCUCUCGCGGCGCAGCAGCGAAUGUGACCCAGAGGACGUCCGCAAGCGAAGCGCUGAGCCUGGAGUGACCCCAGACCGCAGUAGCUAUACGCCAGAAUCCACCAGUCAGAAAUAUGACCCCUACUCAUACUCACAGGAUUCCAGGACACACACUCCUGACCCUGCCUACCCCUCAGCUGCGUCCAGCGCUGCCCAUGCUGCCUCCAGCACAUCAUAUCCUCACUCGGCCACAAACCCCAGCUACCCUUACCCCUACCCAGGCUCUCACUACCCCCAGUCCUCUUAUGCUUCACAUUAUGCUGUUGGUCAUACUAGCUACUCAGCCAGGGCGUAUGACCCCUUCACUUAUUCGGGUGGACACUCGUAUGCCCCUUCAAGUUCAACCCAUGCGCCGUCGGCCGCCGCAGCUUCCCCCUCUUCCUAUUCAGGAAGUACUGCUUAUCCCUUGAAUCCAGAAGGUAGUGAUCCCUAUACCCCCCUCCAACCCUCAGGAAGCUCCUCAUACUCCCUCACAGAGCCCCAACAGGUGAACCAGGGUGAUUCAAACGCUGGCCGAUGCCUUACUGUUAUCGAGCCAGUCAGUAGCGAAACCAUGAGUGACUUAGUCAAGGCCAAGCAACCCGUGCUGACGGAGGAAGAUGUGAAAGCAAGACAGAAAGUAAAGAUGGACCAGUACACACAGAAGAUGAAGGAGAAGCAUGAGAAGUUUAUGGAGGCCAUGAGAAUCUCUAAGCGGACCCAGGGGAAGAAGGAGCCUGCAGCUGCUGUUGUCACAGAGAUGAAGAAUGUGUGGAUCUGUGGUCAUUCUCUUGUGGACUGGGCUGAGAAAAGGGCCAAGUCUCCAGAGGUUGGCGUGGAGCUGGGCAUGGACCCCAACUGUGUGCGUGUUUGGUGGAAGGGGGUCCAGGGCAUGACGUGGGACCAGCUGGUGCCCCAAGUGCACCAGCUGAAGCUGAACUGGCCCAAUCCUGACCUGCUCAUCGUCCACCUGGGGGGCAACGACAUCAACAAGAGCACCUCAGAAGAGCUGCUCAGCUCCAUUAAAAAGGACCUGGCCUCCAUACACAGUAUCUUCCCCAAGUGUAGGAUAGUUUGGUCUGACAUCCUGCCAAGGCGCUUCUGGAAGGAUGGCAGUGGUAUUAUUGAGGAUACUGACGGUUCAGUCAACUCUUUGGUUGGUGUGAUCAAUCGCCAAGUUCAUGCCAUCGUAUCUGAAUUAGGGGGCACGGCAGUGACCCACGAUAACAUCGGGUCCGGCCUUUAUCGCCCCAAUGGCAUCCACCUUUCUAAGGGGGGCAUUGAUACGUUUAAUAUGAACCUUCAGGACAGCCUGGAGAAGUGGGAGAGUGAGGCGGCUCAGAAAACAGAACAGGGUUAAGGGGGGUGAGGGAGAUGAGCCACAUUUUGGGUUCGUUUGAUUGCAGUCUUAGUUCCAAUAGCCUUUUUUAGUUCUCACCUUAAUGCUGUAAUUGAAGUACAUGACAUUUUAAUGUAUUUUGUGUACUAGACUUUAUUAUUAAAAGUCUUAAUGUGCAAAUGAAAUGGAUUAUAAUUGGCUGUUUUGGUUUUGGGAUUUAAUUUUGUCAUGAGAAAAAUUCCUUUAAAAAAAUAAAACAAGAAACUAUCUGUUU